CUUCCGCCCAUUUUCCACACUCAUUUUCCAGCGGUCUGAUCUCGCUUUGUUAUCAGGGAGUGACCUGAAAUCGGAACACAAGCUCUCCCGCAGAUAUUCCAUCUCACUAUGUGGAGAAGAGCAGUGUCUUCUCACCUAAAAACCGUAGCUGCCGCUGCCGCCGCGGCCUGCCGAUCCGCCUCUCGCACGCCGCCACUUAGAUUCAAAUCCUACAUUUAUCCUUCCGUCUCCGUUUCCAUACUCAGUCGUCAUUUCGCCUCUGAAUCAGCGGACACUUCUGUGAAGAUGAGUGUUGAGGACAUAAAUCCUAUUGCCACCGGACACGAGCGCGAGGAGCUUGAGGCUGAAGUCCAGGGGAGCAAAAUUCUUGAAGAUGUAAACAAUCCUGUUGGUCCUUUUGGCACAAAGGAAGAUCCUGCUGUUAUCAAAUCCUUCUAUGACAAGAGAAUAGUUGGAUGCCCAGGAGGUGACGGUGAGGAUGAGCAUGAUGUUGUCUGGUUUUGGCUGGAGAAAGGCAAGCCACAUGAGUGUCCAGUGUGCUCACAGUACUUUGUGUUGGAAGUAGUGGGCCCUGGAGGACCUCCAGAUGGACAUGGCGACGAUGAUGAUCAUCACCAUUGAUUGUUUUAACCAUCUCGUUUUCUGUUGGAAUAAAAUCAAGGAAGAUGAGACAAUGUCCAAUAUACAGUGCACCUUCAAAAGUUGAAAAGCAUUUUUCUAAUGUCAUGUUUGUUUUCUAUUUUCUCCCUUGGUUCUUGUGGUCCAUUGCUUUUGCUUAGAGUAUCACUUUUUUGGUUAUUGAGACAGCGGUUGGUCAUCUUUUUGGAACCCUGGAUCUUAUUAGGUUAACUAUAAGGCACAGCCAAAUAAGUGAUGGCUACUAAAAUUCUUUCAUGAAGCUUCGUGGUGUUAGUUUUCAGGGAUUCUCGGUAGAACCCUUUUCUUGCUUUUCACAGGUUGAUUCUAAAUUGUUGGUAUUCUGACACAUGUUAUUAGUAUCUCUCACGUUCUUUUUUUCUUUUAUUUGCUGCCUUUCUGCUGGUUUCGGAGAUUAUGGAGUGAAA